AGCCGGGCCGGGGCUAGCGCGGCGAUGAUGCACAGGUUCCGAAAGUGGCUGUACAAACCCAAGAGGUCCGAUCCGCAGCUGCUGGCCCAGUUCUACUACGCUGACGAGGAGCUGAAUCAGGUGGCAGCAGAGCUGGACAGCCUGGACGGGCGCAAGGACCCGCAGAGGUGCACGCUGCUGGUCAGCCAGUUCCGCUCCUGCCAGGACAACGUGCUGAGCAUCGUCAACCAGAUCAUGGACGAGUGCAUCCCCCGCGAGCGUGCCCCGCGGGACUUCUGCGUCAAGUUCCCGGAGGAGAUCCGCCACGACAACCUGGCCGGCCAGCUGUGGUUCGGCGCCGAGUGCCUGGCCGCCGGCUCCAUCAUCAUGAACCGAGAGCUGGAGAGCAUGGCCAUGCGGCCGCUGGCCAAGGAGCUGACGCGCAGCCUGGAGGACGUGCGGAGCGCCCUGCGUGACCAGGCGCUGCGCGACCUCAGCGCCUACACGGAGAAGCUGCGGGAGGCGCUGCGCCACUUUGACGUCUUGUUCGCGGAGUUCGAACUGAGCUACGUCUCGGCCAUGGUGCCUGUGAAGUCCCCCCGGGAGUACUAUGUGCAGCAGGAGGUCAUUGUCCUCUUCUGUGAGACGGUGGAGAGAGCCCUGGACUUCGGGUACCUCACCCAGGACAUGAUUGAUGACUACGAGCCGGCCCUCAUGUUCACCAUUCCCCGGUUGGCCAUCGUGUGUGGCCUGGUGGUGUACGCAGAUGGACCGCUAAACCUGGACCGCAAGGCGGAGGACAUGUCCGAGCUGUUCCGACCCUUCCACACGUUGCUGCGGAAAAUAAGGGACUUGCUGCAGACCCUCACGGAUGAGGAGCUGCACACGCUGGAGAGGAAUCUCUGCAUUUCACAGGACGUGGACUUCCCCAUCCGGGCAGAUGUCCAGGCGCCUGCUGCCUUGGCGCCCACCUUCCCUGCACCCCUGCCCACUGUGGAGCCGCUUGCCACCAAGGCCAAGGACCCGGAUGCAGAGCUGGCCUGCUCCAUGCAGUACGACGACCAGGAGCUGGAGCAGCUGAACCGCAUGGUCCACCGGGCAGGGGACGAGAUGUCGUCCCUCCUCUCCCCGCCCAGUGCCUGCCAGUCCCCGGCUCACAGGCCGGAGGCCGAGGGCGGCCCCCGCGGGGAGGCGUCGCCUGCCAGGGCGCCUCGGGAGCAGGGCAGUGACGAGGAGAGGGUGUUCUUCAUGGACGACGUGGUGGGGGUGGGAGAGGCCCCGGGCAGCCCCUUCGGGUGGGCGGGCAGCACCUGUGCCCACCCGCAGGAGAGAGAGCAGGUCAGGGAGAGCGGAGAGGCGGGGCUCGGCAAGGCUUCGGCGGCAGAGGACGAGGACGUGCGCAAUAACAACACCGAAGACGACAAACUGUGGGCGGCCAGCCUCUCAGGCCCCAACUCCUGCAGCUGCCAGGAUGCCCAGCUGUCCCUAGACGGCUGGGAGGCUGGCACCGAAGACGCUGAGACCGCCGAGAUAAUCGCCCACCGGACCGGGGGCAUGAAACUCUCGGCCACGGUCAUCUUCCACCCUAAGUCGCCCAUGUCCUCGGGCGCGGGCGCCACCGCCCCGGAAGCUCCAGCCAUCGGGGCUGCCCCUCUGGGCCCCACGGCGAAGGUGGACAUCGACCCUCGCAGGCUCAGCCCAGCCGCCACCAACUGCCUCAUUAACUCAUGCGUGUGCUGCGGGACCUGCGGGGACAUCAGGGACGAGGCCGACAGUUCCCAGGAGAAGUGCAGUCCUGGGAGCGUCAUCAACGCCUCUUACACGGGCCUGGCCAAGGCCAGUGACAAGGGCCCCGGGGAAGGACUGGAGAAGGGCCGGCCUGCCCCCGAGGCACUGCCCGCAGGCACCACGGCCCCUCUGCCCCCAGAAGAUGUCCCUGACGGGCAGGAGCCCAAAGGCCCUUCUUCCCGGGGCCAGGUGGACCCUGGAGGCGGGUCGCCAGGUGAGGGUGAUGUUGGAGGUCAGCCGGAGGGCGAGGUCAGAAGGCUGGACCCUGGGAAGGAGGCCGGGGAGGAGUGGAAGCAAGCCAAGAGUGGGAGCAGCGGGAACAGUGAGGCCUUGUGCUCCUCAGACAGCACCAGGCCUGAGGCAGCCCCCGCGGCCCCACACGCUGCCCCAGUGGCCACGAGAGAAAGGAUCCGGUCCCGGUUCCACAGCAGCCACGACCUGAUCCACCGCCUCUUCGUCUGCAUAUCAGGGGUGGCUGACCAGCUGCAGACCAACUACGCAAGUGACCUGAGAAGCAUUCUCAAAACGCUGUUUGAAGUCAUGGCCACCAAGCCGGAAACAGACAACAAGGAGAACCUGAGGAAGGUCACCCAGACGCUGCGGAGCGUGGCCCUGGAGGACUGCGCCCUGUGCCAGGAGACCCUGUCGUCCUCCGAGCUCACAGCCAAGGCCCGGGACGGGGACUUGGAAGAUCCCCCGGAGUGGGUGCCGGACGAGGCCUGUGGCUUGUGCACCACCUGCAAAGCACCUUUCACUGUCAUUCGCCGGAAGCACCACUGUCGGAGCUGUGGGAAGAUCUUCUGUUCCCGCUGCUCGUCUCACUCCGCGCCGCUGCCGCGCUACGGGCAGAUGAAGCCGGUCCGUGUGUGCACGCACUGCUACAUGUUUCACGUCACGCCCUUCUACAGCGACAAGGCGGGUGUCUGA